CACUUUGCAACAUUUGUGCGCCACAAAGGCUGUCACUUCUUUUAGAGACACCUCGCGGCGUACACCUAAGAACGCACGAGAGGAAUCGCAUCUGGAGUAGCCUACUACGAUUUCGGUCCACCGCGACUGCACCGCCCAAUUUUCCCCCUCAACCAACCUGCGCGCUAGAUCGAAACGCCAGGGUCCGGUCUAGCCUAGACUACCUCGUACGCGGAGUCUCAUUCUCUGUCUUCUGUUUUUGCUAUUUGAACCUAGCAGGAUAUGUGAAAUUUACAUUCAGCAGCGUAAUAGUUAAAGCGGUACCGAAUGCGUUGUUUUAUGUUCUGUGUGGUGUCCUCACUCCAGCAGACCGCUACAGUAGGAAGAUGGCGUCGGAGGGAGCGAGCGGGGAGCAGCCGCCUCCGAUACAAACACUGGCAACCACAGUGCUUGGAAGUGUCGAAGCGAAAUGUGAGUUUAACAUGGAUAAUCUGAGCAAACCGGAGCUCCUGACGCUACUGAGCAUCAUGGAGGGAGAGCUGGAGGCCCGGGACCUGGUUAUUGAAGCCUUGAGGGCACGACGCAAGGAGGUGUUCCUCCAGGAGCGAUAUGGCCACUUCAGCCUGACCGACCCCUUCCUAGCCCUGCAGAGGGACUUUGAGUGUGUCCCCGGCGGGGACCGGGAGCGCCGCGCGGUGGGCUCCAGCCCCGUGUCCGUCCUGGAGGCUGUGAUGGCCCACUGCAGGAAGAUGCAGGAGAGGAUGUCCACACAGCUGACGGCUGCUGAGAGCCGGCAGAAGAGGCUUGAGAUGGAGAAGCUCCAGCUCCAGAGUCUGGAACAGGAGCACCGCAAGCUGAUGGCCCAGCUGAAGGACGAGCGGGAGAAGAACAAACACAUCGUCAUGAUGCUGGUCCGGGAGUGCAAGCAGCUGGCCACCCGCGUGGUGGAGGAGUCGCAGCGCUUCGACGAGAUCUCCGCCCGGCUGGACGAGGAGGGCCGCACCAGUACACGGCUGCAGGAGGAGCUGACGGCCGAGAGGCAGCGCGGGCAGCAGAUGGAGGCCAAGAUGGAGAAGCAGCUGUCCGAGCUGGACACGGAGCACGAGCAGCUGCGCGCCAGGCUGGGCCGAGAGGAGGUCGAGAGCUCAGGCCUGCGCCGGCAGGUAGAGCAGCUCAGGACUGAACGGGACGGGAAACGCGAUAAAACCGCGGCGCCAGCCCGACCAGCCGCGGAGCCACCCGCACCCAAACUCACAGCCUCCGUUGCCGUGGCCACGAACCCCGUCAGCUCCCGGACCGCCUCCUGCCAAACGGACCCUCCGGAGGCGGACGGGCCGAAGAAACCCAGCCCCCUCACCAUCCCCGUGAAACACACUCCCACCAACUACGCGGGCCUCAGCCUGCCCAAGACGCCCAGCGCCAACCGCGGCCUGGUGCACAGCAGCUCCGGGGGACUCUCUCAGACGGGGGAGAACGGAGCUGAGGGACACCCCCCCGCCCUCCCCACUGGGGUGAGCCCUCGCGUCCAGGCCGCCCGCUAUAAGUUCCAGGAGCAGGACCAAAACGGCUCGGCCUCGCUGAGCAGCCCUCCGUCCCGUGAACUGUCCCCCACUAACCGCGACAACUUGGCCGCCAAGCAGCAGGCGCGGCACACCGUCACGCAGGUCCUCUCGCGCUUCACCAGCCCGCCGGCAGGAAGCGCCGUUCGUCCCGGCCUGCCCCACUCCACCUCGGAGGGGGGGCCCUUCCCCGGCCGCCUGGGCCACCCUAUAGGCCUCAAGUCCCCCACCGUAGCCAGGAUCGACCGGGGCAAUCCGCCCCCCAUCCCGCCCAAAAAGCCGGGCCUGUCCCAGACCCCCUCCCCUCCCCACCCGCCUAUCAAAGUGGUGGGAGAUGGCGGCCGCUCCCCGGGGGUUGGGUUAAAACCCGCCACGCCCCAGCUGCCGCCUAAACCCGCCCUGGACCUGGUCCCAGCCCUGACGGAGUCUCAGGUGGGUGUCUGCCCUCCCGCGGGGGGGCCGAGGGGCCUGCACCGGGCCGCAUGUGCAGAUUGCCCCCCCGCCAGCACUGCCGUCCCUGUCAGUAGCCCCUCCUCCGUAAACCCCUCCUCCUCCUCCGCUAGUGCUCCAUCCUGUAGCCCCCGUGCCCCAGGCAGCCCCCUGGCAACAGCAUCAGGCUGGUGUCCCCCCAUAGGCCCCUCCCUGACCUGCGGCGGGCCCGUUGCCCUGGACGACGGGCGCCCCGCGUUCCUCCAGGCUGCUUCCCAGGGAAAUGUCACUUUAUUGUCAAUGCUGCUUAACCCAGAUCCAACGGAUCCCCACUGUCACCUUGAAGAACACCCAACCUCUGCCUUGUUUUCUGCUGCUCAGAACGGACACACAGACUGCGUUAAGCUGCUGCUUACUUCGGGGGUCUCUGCUGAUGUUUCAGAUGAAAACGGAUUUACGCCUUUACACUUUGCCGCUGCGCACGGACACUGCAGCUGUGUGGAAGCCCUGGUGUCUGGGGGGGCUGGUGUGGACCGUGGAGCUGUGGGCGGGCAGACCCCUCUGUUUUUGGCCAGUGGAGCUGGCAGAGUGGACUGUACCAGAGCCCUGCUCAAUGCCGGGGCUGACCGCUCACUAGCCACCGCUGACAGCUGCACGGCCCUCCACGCAGCCGUCAGCUUGGGCCAUGUUGAAACACUGCGGCUGCUCCUCUUCCAUCCUCCCCCUGACCACACACAACCUGACCUUUACUGCAACCACAGCCCCGGUCCUGCCACAGCCCCGGUCCUGUCCAGCACCUUGCUCAACUGGGCCAACAGUGAAGGCUGGACCGCUGCACACAUCGCUGCUGCCAGGGGCUUUAAGAAGUGCCUGGAGGUGUUGUGUAGCCACAGUGACCAGGACAUUGAGAGCAGGGACAAGUGGAACCGCACCAUUCAUGACCUGGCAACAGACGACUGCAAAAACCUACUGGAGAACCUCCACUCCUACAGGGUGUUGGUGUGCAUCCGGCACAGUGGCUCAGGCCAGCCUGUGUGUCCAGUGGAGGAGCUGGAAGCGGAUGUGUCUGUGAGCGUGCUGGGGUUUGUGUGUGUCCAGCGGGCUACGUGUUGGGCCGAGCUGAACCACGCCCUGGGCCGAGCACUGAUAUCACACAUCCAGCUGCUUUGUGGCGACACCAACACGCACACAAACCAACGCGCAAACCAGCCCCCCAGGGACGACACGAACCCACACGCACACUUGGGACUGACCCCGGCCAGCAUUGCCUCCGUCCUCAUAGGAGACACAGUGUGGUUGCCAGGUCAGGAGCUGUCUCCGUCUCCAUGGGAUCUGGUCAGGAAGCCUCUCAGCCAGCACAUCACUAUCACACUGAAAGGUCUGUCAGAGUCGUGUCUCGACGAACUGGCCCUGGAAUCCCUAAUCCCCCUUCCGCUGCUUCAGAACUACGUCCGACUGGUGGAACAGUAUCGUAUCGUUAUCUUCCACGGGCUGGAGGGGAGCUGUCAAGAGUACCUUGCUAAUCAGAUCUCCCGCUGCAUCAAGAGCAAACAGGAAACUGUGGGUGUGGCCUGUGACAUCAUCAGGGUGGAGGUGGAUGAGAGUCUGACUAAAGAACAGCUGUUAGACACCUUCAUCAACUGUGGGUUCCUGGUCCCUGUGAGUGAUGUGUGCCCUGGGAGCAGUGUGGUGGUUGUAUUGGAGGGGCUGGAGAAGGCCCACUCUCUGACCGAGCUGCUGGGGGACCUGUGUGAAGGCCUGGAGAACCGGACCACAGCCUAUCUGCUGCAGGGCCUGAUGGGCCCACACCACUUCCAGGAGGGGGGCUUUCUGAUUGGCACACUGUCCAAGUCCCGCCUUCAGGGCUCGGAGCUCCGCCUCCAACAACACUUCCGAUGGGUGACGCUGCGCUGGGACUCGGAGCCACUUCACGGCCUUCUGGGCAGACACCUACGCAGGAAGCUCCUGCACAAUAGCAACGUCAUGGGUCGGGCUCCUGAGGGCCAGCUGGAGAGGACGGUGUGUUGGGUGAGCUAUGUGUGGCAGCAGCUGAAUGCCUGUCUGUCCCGCCUGGGCACCCACGAAGCCCUGCUGGGACCGCAGCUCUUCCUGUCCUGCCCCAUUGGGCCACACAACACGCAGGCCGUCGUCCAGUGGCUGGCUCGUCUGUGGAACACGGUGGUUGUCCCUCGCGUGGAGGAGGCCAUUGUCUCCCGGGUGACGGCCAGGCGCUCCUCUGGCCAGCGGGUGUCGCCUAGCAACCGACACCUGAGCUCUGGCCAGCAGGCGGUGGUCAAGGCUGCCCUCAGCAUACUGGUCAACAAGGCCGUCCUGCAGGGAUGCCCGCUGCCACGACACGAAAUUGACAGGCUCCUGUUGGAGUUCCAAGGUGGGAACUUCCCUCUCUCAGCCAUUGGCUCCUGCAAAGGAACUGGAGGCAGGAAGGGACGGGACAGCGGCAUGUGGAGACGAGCCAGUACCAACCCACGAAAGAAGGGGAACGCUGCCUCCAGCUGGAGCUGUGGAGGUUCUCUCAGGGAAGGGUCGUUGUCCAACAGGGACGUCCGUUUCAUCACCCACGGCAACACUCCAAGCGAUGGGGGAGACAGGGACCCUGUGAGUCUGUCGCUAUGCUCUGACGACGAGACUGAUCUGAUCCGAGAGCUGCAGACCAUGUGCUCCAGCAGGUCAGAGCCGGACAUCAGCCAGAUUGCUCAGUCCAAUGAGGACUUUGUCUUCUCCGGCUCCCCAAGUGUCCAGUCACUCCACCGCAAGACCCACCGUGAAACAACUGCUCGACCCGGGCCACAAACGACUGGCAGCUGUCACUCCACCGGCAGCCCCGCCCCAGGCAGCCCCGCACCUAGCAGCGAGAGGCGAUCAGCGCCCCGGCCCAAAUCCCAGCUUCCCGUCCCCAGCAGCAGGGGACAGCAGCCACGAGCCAGCAGCUCCACUCCACGUUCUCCGACUGCAAACUCUAACCGAAAGGCCACCAGAACUGAACAAAGCAGCAGCAAAACAAGGCAGGCCCCACCAAGAAACUACAAGGACGAAAACGUCAACAACCAACACGAGGAAAUCUGGAUCCUACACCGUGACCUGCAUGAAAACAACAAUACGAAGUAGUAGACGAACUUCCCUUCCACUCCUCCACCGUUACCUCCCCACCUCCAUGUCAGCAGUAAUAUUCAACCCUCCAUGUUGUAAAGUUAGGGGUAUGAUGACCUUUUAGUAUUUGUACCUGUUAUCCGUACUUGUUACACUGUAUAACAAUUGUGUACUUGGGGACCAUAUUAUACAGUACUGAAGUAUCGAAAGAAGUUCAAAAAAAGACAUUUGCAGGGAAUUAUGUCAGAAGAAAAAGAAGUACUUAGAACACGUUUUACCUCGUGAGGUAAAAAAGUUUUGGAUCAAAGAAAAGAAACAGGCAGUUCUUUGCUAUUAAGUAUUUUCGACUAUUCAAGUGUUUUAUGUUUAAAUAGUUGCAAGGUUGGUUUAAAUACUGUUGAAAUUAAUCAGGGUUUUACCAAAUAUUUGUAAAUAAGAAUUAGUAACUUUAAUGGUGAAUAGAUCAGUGUAUGUGGUAUUACGCUUGUAAAGAAAUCAAACUCAAAAAGAAAAGCUGAAGGAAAAAAAAACAAGUAUAUAUGUUUGUAAUAAUAAGAGAAUUUGGUUCAUAACUUUUCACUUGUUUCAAAGUGAAUGGAAUGUGGCAAUAAUUAAAAGUAAUUGCAAACACAGGACUUUUUCAUUUCUUUUGACUUUAAGCCAUAACAUAUUUUAACCACCCCCAAGUCCACCGAGUCAUGGUUCGACUCAUCAUUGACCUACAGGUGGAGCCUGAAACAUUUUUCAAAGCAGCACAUACAUUUUUUUUGGUUGGCUUUGUUUUUUGGGGGCUUCUUUUUAAUUUGGAAAAAUCAUUUUUUAACUGCCAUUGUUGAUAUGUACAGGAGAUAUUUUAGUCAGCCUUUGGUGUUGAUCUGUAUGACAGCUGUCUUGAGUUUUAAGAAAUGUCCUGCUUCCUUUAAGCACAACCAUUAAAACUGCACUGUUAACCCCA